GGCUCUUAAGCCCUUUGGGAUUUCCAAUGGGAUCUGGGAAGCAGCUGAAGCAACGGGAAGCUUAGCCGCCCGCGUGGUCAGCCGUGGUUUGAACGCUCAGCUCUGCAACGCUUCUAGACCAAGUUGCCCAAAGCCUACCCUCACAUCCAUCAGGUCUUUGUUAUCCAGGUGGAUACACAUGGCUCUUCUACGCAAAAUUAAUCAAGUGUUGCUGUUUCUUCUGGUCCUGACGCUCUGUGGGAUUCUGUACAAGAAAGUCCGUAAGGGAGCUGUGCUUAAGAACAAAGCAGAUGAUGAUUCUGAGUCCCCUGAGGACAUGGAAGAGGAGAUUCCAGUGGUUAUCUGUGCAGCCGCAGGGAGAAUGGGUGCGGCCAUGGCAGCCAUCAACAGCAUCUACAGCAACACUGACGCCAACAUUGUGUUCUAUGUAGUGGGACUACGGAACACUCUGCCUCGAAUACGAAAAUGGAUCGAACAUUCCAAACUGAGAGAAAUAAACUUCAAGAUUGUGGAGUUCAACCCUAUAGUCCUCAAGGGGAAGAUUAGACCAGACUCAUCGAGGCCUGAGCUGCUCCAGCCUCUGAACUUCGUUCGGUUUUAUCUCCCUCUGCUUGUCCACCAGCAUGAGAAAGUCAUCUAUUUGGAUGAUGAUGUCAUUGUACAAGGUGAUAUCCAGGAACUGUAUGACACCACCUUGGCUCUGGGCCAUGCAGCAGCCUUUUCAGAUGACUGUGAUUUGCCUUCUGCUCAAGACAUCCACCGACUUGUGGGGCUACAGAACACAUACAUGGGCUAUCUGGACUACCGGAAGAAGACCAUAAAGGACCUAGGCAUCAGCCCCAGCACCUGCUCAUUCAAUCCUGGAGUGAUUGUCGCCAAUAUGACUGAAUGGAAACACCAGCGCAUCACCAAACAACUUGAAAAAUGGAUGCAAAAGAAUGUGGAAGAAAACCUCUACAGCAGCUCGCUGGGAGGAGGAGUGGCUACCUCUCCAAUGCUGAUUGUGUUUCAUGGGAAGUAUUCCACCAUCAACCCGCUGUGGCACAUACGGCACCUCGGCUGGAACCCUGAUGCAAGAUAUUCGGAGCACUUCCUGCAGGAAGCUAAACUACUCCACUGGAAUGGAAGACACAAACCCUGGGACUUUCCUAGUGUUCACAAUGACUUAUGGGAAAGCUGGUUUGUCCCUGAUCCUGCAGGGAUCUUUAAACUGAAUCACAAUAGAUGAAACACUCCAACAGUUAAAAUACUCCCUGGAUAAAAAUGGAAUGGGUCCUUUGUAUCCUCUAACACUGUUUUUAUGAGCAGCACUUCUGAUAUAUAUGAUCUACAAUGUAAGAGACAAAAACUACUGUGUACAAGUUGAACCAUGGCCCACACAGACAGAACUUCUUGAAGAUCAAAUGAUUGUUAUGAGCAGCCCCUACUCAUUCCUUUCUUUUGGUGUUUUGAUACAGGGUCUCUAUGUAUCCCAGGUCUUGACCUGAAUGACAACUAUAUUUGAAAACUUUCGAAAUCUCUAAAUUUCUUAGAUAUUUUUGGAGCAGUUUUUUUGUUUUAAGAUGGGAUCUCCGUGGCUGAAGAGAGUGUUUAAGAGUGUGCCUGCUCUUCCAGAGGACCCAGGUUUGAUUCCCAGCACCCACAUGGCAGUUCACAGUUAACUGUAAAUACAGUUCUAGGGGAUCUGACAUUCUCUUCUGGCAUUCACAGACACUGAGCACACAUGUGAUGUACAGACAUAUUGCAGACAAAACAUCCACACACGUUUUUAAAAUAAUAUAAACAAGUUAGCUGGGUGGUGCCAGCACAUUGCCUUUAAUCCCAGAACUCAGGAGACAGACAAAGGUAGGAGUUUGAGGACAGCCUGGUCUACACUGAGUUUUAGGACAGCCAGGACCACACACAGAGAAACCCUGUCCCUAAAACAAACAAACAAAAAGAUAAGGUCUCUCUCUAUAUCCCUGGAUAACUUGGAACUCACUAUAUCGACUUCAAAUCCACAAAGAUCCACAUGCCUCUGUCUCCUGAGUACUGGAAUUGAAGAAGGCCUGGGCCACCAUACCUGGCUACAAGUUUUUUCUUUUUUAAAACAGGUUGCCAGUUUUGCCUUUUAUAAAAUUAUAAAUUAAAAAAUGUAGUAUCUAUAAAAAUAAACUAUUCAAGUUUUUGUGAUUUUCCUCAUGUAUUGCUCCACAUGUCAAAUGUAACAGAAAGUAAACCAUCCUCAGGUUUACACUGGGGAAGAAUACCAUUAAAUCCUGCCAGAGAAAACGCUGUAUAUUAAGUAUAGCCAUUCUUAAUGUUCACUGUAAAAAUGCUCAGACUUCCGCAUAUUUAAAAUCUCAGUAUUAUUUAAUGAAAACACCCCACCCUGUCAUGUACAGGAUGCACAGCACUUACUACUCACUUACCAUGUUCAAGGAAAAGCACCAGGACAGUACUCAGAGGGUCCACACGGCCACUCUCCAGAGUCAUAAUUUAAAGGUAUUUCUCCAUGGUAAAGCUACAAUAGUUACAUAUCAAGGCGAUACUACAUGCUUUACAUAGUCCCAUGAAAAAAAUAAUUGAUCCUAAUCCCUGAUGCAAGGCACUUCAAAGCACCCGCAUAAAAUGCCCAUGUAAACAGUAUCGCAGUGCACCUUCCAAAUAACAUGACUUGUACACAGCCUGACCCAGACCGAAGGAAAAAUAAAGCCCAUCAUUGCCACAGCUAAAGGCAUGUUAAA